AUGACGUCGCGUGGGGCCGUUUUGUUCCUGGUGGCCAUGAUGCUACUGACGGGUGUCUGCAACACACUCCUCACCAAGUACCAGGUAAAUUGGCAAACUACCAUUUCCUCCACAGAUAUGCAAUGCGUGCGACACUGUGAUGGUGACCCCGAUAAGCGGAAACUCUUCAAUCAACCCGUGCUCCAGACGGCCCAAAUGUUUGUCGGCGAGAUGGGCUGCUGGCUUGUCAUCGGGCUCAUGACGCUUUACAACCGCUUCUUUGAUACUGCCUCCGCCGCCGCGAAUACGGAGUACCGAGCUAUAAGCACCGACGAUACAGCUGAUAUUGGCCCAGACACCGAGGAGGAGGAGGAGGAACACGGCCGCAAGGGUGGCCUGCUCAAAGGCUUUGGCAUCAUCCUGCUCGCGUUGCCUGCCAUUUGCGAUAUUCUAGGCACGACGCUGAUGAACGCUGGUCUGCUUCUGGUGGCGGCGUCCAUCUACCAAAUGACCCGUGGCGCCCUCGUGCUCUUUGUCGGUCUUUUCUCUGUCAUCUUCCUCCGCCGCCACCUCUUCCUCUUCCAGUGGCUUGCGCUCCUCGGCGUCGUCACUGGCGUCGCCGUGGUCGGUCUCGCAGGCACUAUCUGGCCAGACGAAAAGGUGCGCCACAGCAUGCAGGCUGACGACAGUGAGGCCCUGUCCGACGCCACUCGAGCCAUUAUUGGUGUUCUCCUGAUUGCCGGCGCGCAAGUCUUCACCGCCACACAGUUUGUUCUGGAGGAAUGGAUCUUGGAGAACUCGCCGAUCGAGCCAAUUAAGGUCGUAGGCUGGGAGGGCCUCUUUGGUUUCCUAGUGACUGUUGGUGGCAUGAUUGUCAUGCACUUCAUUGUUGGCCGCACCGAAGCCGGCCGCUAUGGCACGUUUGACAUCGUCGAGGGUUGGCGCCAGAUGACACAGAACCAGGCCGUGUGGCUCAGUAGCCUGUUGAUCAUGAUAAGUAUUGGUGGCUUCAACUUCUUCGGCCUCUCGGUCACUCGUUCAGUCAGUGCCACGUCACGCUCAACAAUAGAUACCUGCAGAACUCUGUUUAUUUGGGUAGUUUCGCUUGGGUUAGGCUGGGAGUCUUUCAAGUGGCUCCAAAUUUUGGGUUUUGUCAUCCUGGUGUAUGCGACGUUCCUCUUCAACGGCAUCGUGAAGCCGCCACUGAAGUUUCUGCGCGUCAACGAGGAGGUUGCACCUCUGCUGGCAGAAGAUCCUAUUGAGCGCCCAUAG